AAACUAAAAAUACUCACAAAAUUAAUCAUCGUCGUCGGAGCAGAGAUGAACGGUCACGAUUUCGAGCUGGAGAAAGCACGGUUACUGAGCUUGGCUCUCGAGUUCGGCUUCGACGAGCAAUCAGCGAAGAAGAGCUUAGAUCGUUUGAUCUCUCUCUACGGUGAUGAUGGCCGGGAUUUUAUUACGGUGGAGCAUUGUGGCGAUGAUUUUCUGGCAGCGUUGGCUGAGACAAUGCAAGACAGCGAGGAUUGGGAUGAUGAUUUACAGGCUGUGGAAUCAGAAGCUUGUGGAGCUUUGAACAAUAUGUUUGACAAAAAUGCCCUUUGCAAUGGUAAAAUCGAUAGCAAUAGGAACGAGAGAAUCUAUAUUAACAUCAUCGAUGACUCGCCUGAACGAAAGAAACAAACAAAUUUCAUGGAGUUGGAUUCUUCUAGUGAUGAUGAGGUCUUGGACUUGCGGAUUUCAAAGAAAAAGGGUGACAGUUCGACCCUUUUUUCUCGUCUGGAUCAAAGCAGUUGCGUGGGUUCUAAGACUAGUGUGACUCAAGGCUCAGUUUCAUCAAUUUCUGGCAAAAAGCACUUCUCCACCACAUCAAUGGGUGGACAUGGGACUCUAAGUUACGAAGAAUUACAGGCUUUGGAUGAUUUUGAAUUAGCAAAUGUUGUUAUCUUUGGGAACAGAUCAUUUCGACCGUUGCAGCAUCAGGCUUGUAAAUCAUCUUUGGUGAAGCAAGAUUGCUUCAUUCUCAUGCCUACUGGGGGUGGUAAAAGUCUAUGUUAUCAGCUUCCAGCGACUUUGAAACCUGGUGUUACAGUGGUCAUCUCUCCUUUACUAUCUUUAAUUCAGGAUCAGAUAAUUACGCUGAACCUUAAGUUUGGAAUACCAGCUACAUUUUUGAAUUCUCAACAAUCUGCUUCCCAAGCAGCAGCUGUCCUGCAAGAACUAAGGAAAGAUAAUCCAUCAUGCAAGCUGUUGUAUGUGACUCCAGAAAGGGUUGUUGGAAACCAAUCAUUUCUUGAGGUGUUGAAAUGUUUGCAUAGAAAGGGACAAUUGGCAGGUUUUGUUGUUGAUGAAGCGCAUUGUGUCAGCCAGUGGGGACAUGAUUUUCGUCCAGACUACAGAGGUCUAGGAUGUCUUAAGCAGCAUUUUCCAAAUGUUCCAGUGAUGGCAUUGACUGCCACAGCCACCCACUCAGUUCGUGAGGACAUUCUAAAUGCUUUGAGAAUUCCCCAUGCUCUAGUCCUCAAGACAAGCUUUGAUAGACCCAACUUGAAGUAUGAGGUAAUUGGGAAGGCUAAGGAUUCAUUAAAGCAACUUGGUCAGCUUCUGCAAGAUCGUUUUAAGAAUCAGUGUGGAAUUGUAUACUGCCUUUCAAAAAAUGAAUGUGCUGAGGUUUCAAAUUUUCUGAAUGAGAAAUGCAAGAUUAGGACAGUAUAUUACCAUGCUGGUUUGGCAGCUCGACAAAGAGUAACUGUUCAGAAGAAAUGGUAUGAAGGAGAGGUCCAAAUAGUAUGUGCAACUAUUGCUUUUGGGAUGGGAAUUGACAAACCAGAUGUUCGUUUUGUUAUCCACAACACCAUGUCCAAAUCAAUUGAAAGCUAUUAUCAAGAGUCUGGAAGGGCUGGAAGAGAUAAUUGCCCUGCUGUAUGCAUUGCCUUAUACCAGAAGAAGGAUUUCAGUCGGGUUGUAUGCAUGUUACGAAAUGGGCAAGGUUCUAAAAGCAAAAGCUUUAAAACAGCCAUGGCUCAAGCUCAGAAAAUGCAACAAUACUGUGAACUUAAGGAUGAAUGCCGGAGGCAAAUGCUACUUGAACACUUUGGAGAGUCUUUCGACAGAAAAGACUGUAAACAUGGUUCAAAUCCUUGUGAUAAUUGUCUCAGGACUUCCUAAUCAGCAUAGACAUGUUUGUACACUUUGCAACUAAGCUUGGGGGUAGGGGGUGGGGGAGUUAUGUAAGAACUUAUUACUUAUGCUGAAAGUCUUCUUUUCCAGGACGAAUGCCGGGUCAAAUCUUACUUGAACACUUUGGAGAGUCUUUUGACAGAAAAGGCCUGUAAAUAUUGUUCAAAUCCUUGUGAUAAUUGUCUGAGGACUUCAUAGUGAGCAUAUGCAUGUUUGUGUACAUUGCAAGUAACCUAUAUACUGUAUCAAAAUCUAA